UUAACUUCAUUUCUCUGACUUCUAUAUAGUUAUCUGUGACUUCAUUGAAAAGUUUUGAGUGGAGUAGAUCGGCUGUCGUAGUGUCAUCUCAAAUCACCUGUUGUUUACGAAUUUCAUGAGAAGUUAUUCCUGUAAAUAUUAAAAACAAAUUUAGUGACUAUGGAACCUGCUGUCGCGAAACUUAAAAAGCGUAAACUGGUCGAGUACAACGAGGAUGACGACAAUGAAACACACAAGAAAAAGCCAAAAACUGUUAAAGAAAAAGUCGUUAAGCUGGCAAAACCAAAAUCAACGAGUUCUGGGAAAAGAACUAAUGAAGUUAAAAAAGUAGCUAAAACUAAAACAACUAAGGUAUCGGAAGAAGAAAUACAUGUCUAUGAUGAUUGUGAAAGUGUUCCUAAUAUUUGGAAUGAGACUGAUAUGCUCGCACAAGUGGAAAAGAUACCACAUAAAUUAGCGGAAAAUUUAAUUAAUUUACUCACAGAAGGAUGCACUUUACCCUUUAUUGCACGAUACCGUAAGACUGCUGUGGAUAAUCUAAUGCCUGACCGUCUCCAGGAAUUAUAUGAAUGCUAUGAAAACAUAGCACAGCUUAAGAAAAAAGUAAAAACUGUUAUAGCAACUCUACGAAAAUCGAAGAAGUUGACGCCGGACAUUGAGAGGGGAAUUUUAAAUGCCCGUAAUUUGUCUGAAUUGGACUUAAUAUAUGGUCCUCUAAAGUCCCAUUCAUUAUCACUAGCUGAAAGGGCUCGGAAUCUUGGACUAGAGCAGAAUGCAGUCCAGGCUCUUAAUGGGGGAUACAUCAACCUACAAAUGCUUUGUGAUAGCAACAAUGAUGAACUGGCAACAGUAGAGAAAGUGGAAUCUCAUGUCACACACAUAGUAGCUGAUAUAAUAUACAAGGAUACAAGGGUCUUGGAGCAAAUGAGGAGCUUGAAAGAAGAAACCAGAUUCACCAUACAAAGCAGUAGAACAAAAAGUUCAACAAAAGACAAAGAAGACGAUAAGAAGAAAAUUGACAAUAAAUCUGACCCAGAAAAUUACAAAUUGUACUUUGACUGGAAAUGUCCGAGUCAUUUCGUGAAGCCACAUCAGACGUUAGCAUUGAAUAGAGGGGAAGAUGAAAAAAUACUAUCUGUUAAAGUGGUUGUUCCAGACUGGUUUUAUAACCAACUAGAAAAGUUUUGUCUCUCUUUAUGGAAAAGUAGUUUUUGGGUAAGAAAAGGCCUGGGUGACGCUUACAAUCGACUCAUCAAACCAUGGCUUUCGAGACAUGUUCGGUCGGAUCUGACAGCAGCCGCUCAAAAGGAAGCAGUAAAAACAUUUACUACAAAUCUCGAAAAGUAUUUGCUAACUGAGCCUAUCAAAAAUAGGACGAUAAUGGGCUUAGAUCCUGGUUUUAGAGCAGGAUGCAAGGUUGGUAUAAUAAACUCAAAUGGAGAAAAAUUAGAAGCGUGCACUAUUCAUCCAGACUUACGACUCAAUAAACAGUAUGAUCCUGCUGCCCAACAAUUGAAAGCCUUAAUUAAGGAACACAGCGUGGAAUUGAUCGGUCUUGGGAACGGUACGGCUUGUCGCGAAACGGAGUUAUGGCUGAAAAAGAAUAAUAUAUGUGAGGGUAUACCGAUCAUUAUGGUACCAGAACAAGGCGCUUCUAUCUAUUCUAUAAGCAAGGAGGCACAAAAGGAACACCCAAAUAUGGACCCGAAUUUGAUAUCAGCUUUAUCAAUCGCCCGAAGAGUACUUGAUCCACUAGGAGAGCUGAUAAAAGUAGAACCAAAAAAUUUAGGCGUUGGCAUGUAUCAGCAUGAUAUACCUGCAAAAAUGCUCGAGUCUGCCUUAGAUUGUGCUGUCGAGAAAGUUGUCAGCUUAGUCGGUGUUGAUAUAAACACUGCGUCCCAAGCAAUGUUAAGGCGCAUUUCAGGUUUGAAUGACGGUAGAGCGAAAAAGAUAAUUCAGUAUCGUCAAGAACACAGUGGUUUUGAAACAAGAGCGGAAAUAUUAAAAGUUCCUGGUAUAGGGAAGGUUACAUUUCAGCAAUGUGCUGGGUUUUUGACUGUUUUGGGAAGCCCAGAGCCACUCGACACUACAAUUAUACAUCCUGAAAGUUACAAGAUUGCCAAGUUAUUUGCAAAGAAAAUUAGCGUCAACAUAAAGAACCUAACUACACCCCACUUCGCACAAUCAAUAGAGAGUAAAUUAGCAACAAUAGACUUAGUAGAAACUAGUCAAGAAUUGGAUACCGAUGUCGGUACUUUAGAGUUAAUAAUAAAUGCUUUCAAACAAAAGAAAUAUGAUGACAAUGUGAUCUCAUUCUGUAAACCUGUUUACUCCGUCGCCGUGCAAAAUAUAGAUCAACUGAAGGAUGGCAUGGCAUUGACAGGUGUCGUUCGCAACGUAGUACCUUUCGGUUGUUUCGUCGACUGCGGGGUAGGAGACAACGGCCUUAUCCAUAGAAGUAAUCUCGGAGGUCAUCAGACCCCAAAGUUAGGUGACAGAGUUGCUGUCACCGUGAUAGGAGACCCCAAGCCAAAAAAAAUCCAAUUACGAUUGGACAACAUUCUAGACUGAUUAAGGACAUUAAGGUACAAUUUACUUGAUUAUUGUGAUAUAGACUAAGUAAUAAUUGUUGAAUGAUGAUUAAAUAAGGAAAAGAAUAA